AUGAAUCGCACGCUGGUCGAGUGUGCGCGUUGCAUGAUGGAACACGCUGGACUGGGAAAGAGCUACUGGGGUGAAGCAGUGAUGACGGCGAUGUUUCUUCGAAACCGCUGUCCAACACGUGCCAUUCACCAAGACAAGUCUCCAUAUCAAGUGUGGACGAUGAAGAAACCGAUUCUGGCCAACCUUAAAGUGUUUGGAUGCCACGCGUAUGUUCAAGUGCCUCAAGACAAACGCGCGAAGUUCGACUCCAAGUCAUCACUCUGUCGUUUCCUGGGAUACGCCGAACACCAGAAGUCAUAUCGAUUUGAGGAAGUGUCAACAGGAGCGAUCAAGAUCAGUCGCGAUGCCACAUUCAUGGAAGACAAGUUUGAUGAAGGUCCGCGCAACUACAACGAUGAGUCAAGUGUCGUUGAGUUUGAUGAUCAUGAUGAGGACGAAGAAAAAGAAGAAGGUAAAACUGACGACGACAUGGACUCGAGCGACGAUGACAACGAAGACACCAGGUCUUCGAAGAGCAACAUCAAGAGACACACGCGCACUCAAUCACUUGAGAAAGCUACCGUCAUUCCAAGUCCCAAGCGAAGAACAUACAGAGGUCCGUCGCUUGAGCAUGUGUCAGCGGCUGCAAUGGAUUUUGAAGCAGCCUACAUCGUUGAUUCAGUGGGGAAACGCCGACUACAUUCAAGUCGGCGAUGGAAUCAAGCGACUCCGGCAAGUGGAAAGAAGCGUGUGACUCGGAGUUCGAUUCGCUUCAGAGAAACGACACGUGGGAAAUCGUGCCUCUUCCGAAAGGUCCGCAAGGCCAUCGGGUGCCGAUGGGUUUUUCGUGUAAAGGAGAAUCAAGAUGGCGAAGUUGAACGUUUCAAGGCAAGACUUGUGGCCAAAGGAUUCUCACAGAAAUUCGGAGUUGACUAUGAAGAAACUUUCGCACCGGUGGCCAAGUUCACAUCGAUUCGUGUGGUGCUCAGUAUGGCGGCUAAGUACGGCCUAAUGCUACAUCAGAUGGACGUCAAGACAGCGUUUCUUAACGGCUCCCUCAACGAAGACAUCUACAUGGACCAGCCGGACGGAUACCUGGAUGCAACACAGCCGGACUAUAAGUGCGAAUCGGACCACUGCAUCUACAUCAAGCGAGACGACCAAGACAUGAUUCUCGUGGUGCUCUACGUCGAUGAUCUCAUCCUGGCCAGCAGCAACAACGAACUCCUCAAGUCAACCAAGAUGGCGCUGAGCAAACGCUUCGAAAUGACGGAUCUCGGUGAGCUCGAUUACUUUCUCGGCAUGGAGAUCAAGAACGACCGUAAGACGGGAAUGGUGACUGUACAACAAACCCAAGUUUCUCAAGUCCGUGUUAACCAAGUUCGGAAUGGAUAA